AUGGAGUGGGGAAACAAGACCACGGUGACCGAAUUUGUCCUCCUCGGCUUCUCUCCAUCCUGGGAAGCCCACCUCCUUUUAUUUGUCCUCUUCCUCUUCCUCUACACGGCCACCCUCUUCAGCAACCUUGUUAUUCUACUGGCCAUUUCCCAGGACCGCUGUCUUCUUCGUUCUCCCAUGUUCUUUCUCCUGGCCCACUUGGCCUUCCUGGACCUCUGCCUGUCCUCGUUUGCCACCCCGAGAGCCCUCUUCGACCUCCUCACCCAACGUCAGGUCAUCUCCUUCCAGGGCUGCAUGACACAGAUCUUCUUCCUCCAUCUCUUUGGAGGCAGUGAGAUGCUGCUUCUCAUGGUGAUGGCCUAUGACCGAUACGUGGCCAUCUGCCAUCCACUCCACUAUGCCUCCCUCAUGAGCCAGCGCCGUUGUGUGGGGCUUGUGCUGGCCUCCUGGGUUGGUGGACUUCUCCACACCAGCGUGCAGAUGGCCUUCAUGAUCGAUGUCCCCUUCUGUGGGCCCAACCACGUGGACAGUUUCUUCUGUGACAUUCCCUUGGUCAUCAAGUUGGCUUGUCUUGACAUCUAUCCCCUGGAGAUCAUGAUGAUGACCAACAGUGGCCUCAUGUCUCUGGUUGGAUUCAUCACUGUGAUUGUCUCCUACGGACUAAUUCUCUCAACCAUCCAUUCCAGAGCUCCUUCCGAAGGGACUUCCAAGGCUAUCUCCACCUCCACCACUCACCUCAUAGUGGUCAGCAUGUACUUUGGGCCUUGUAUAUAUAUUUACUUGCGUCCCAGCACCCGCUUCAUGAGUGAUAAAGUGUUGUCCAUCUUCUACACAGCUGUCACCCCCUUGCUAAACCCAGCCAUCUAUGCUUUGAAAAACAAGGAAAUGAAGUCUGCCAUGGGGAAGUUGUUGGGAAGACAUUCUGUGCAGGUUUCUGAUCGGAUUCCUGUCAUCGCAGCCGGAGUGGUUGUCUCUUGGAGAUGCAAGAGAAGCAGCCAUGAGGGUAUGCCAGGGGGUCGUUUGGCAUCACAGUUACCAGUUGCCUAA